CACAAUGUCAGAUCUCUUUUUUUCGUAUAUAAGAGUAUAACAAACUUUGUCAGUAAGUUUAACAUAAGACUUGUCGAACCUUCUUCAAUGAAAGAUGUUGUGCUACCUAAAGAUGGAAAGGAUGGACUCAUUAUUGAGAUGAUUUUAAUAGCAUAUUAA